AUGCCACGUGUGCACUACCCACUGGUACAGAUGGCAGCCCCGCACUGCCUCUUUGAAAAGAAAGCAUUGGCCGUUUCCUCUGCUAGGCUUAGGCAACACCCCCCACAAAUUGGCAACCGGUGGCUUUUGUUUCGUUCCCUUGUGGAAAGCAAAGAGAGAAAAGUUCUUGGUUCAGAAGGUGAGGAAAUUGAGAAGGCAUAA